AAUAGUAGUUUCUUCAUGGCGGAGCAUUUCCACCUGAACACACCUCUCCUGGAGAGUGUGGGCAUGUCCAAGAGGCUGGGAACUACAGUCUAUUUGAAGAUGGAGAACUCACAGCCCUCUGGCUCCUUCAAGGUUCGAGGGAUUGGACAUCUCUGUCAGCAGCUCGCUGGACAAUCCAAAGGAGUUGUGUGCGCUUCAGGUGGAAAUGCAGGUAUGGCUGCUGCCUACGUAGCCAGAAAGAUGGGGGUAGCAGCCACUAUCGUAGUCCCCUCCUCCUCUCCGCAGCUGGUGGUCCAGAGACUCCAGGACGAGGGGGCUGCUGUAAAGAUUGUAGGGAAGGUUUGGGACGAUGCAAAUGCAGAGGCGCUGAGGCUGGCAGACAGUGAAGGGCUCACGUUUGUGCCUCCCUUUGAUCAUCCCUUGCUUUGGCAAGGCCACGCCACCAUGAUGGCGGAGGUUGCGGCCUCCCUGGGAGCCGGUGAGAAGCCCGGAGCGGUGCUGCUGUCGGUGGGUGGAGGAGGCCUCCUGUGUGGGGUCAUCCAGGGCCUGAAAGAUGUGGGCUGGAUGGAUGUACCCGUCGUUGCCAUGGAGACGGUGGGGGCAGACUGCUUCAACGCAGCGAUCAAGGCGGGAAAGAUGGUCACGUUGCCUGACAUCACCAGUGAAGCCAAAUGUCUGGGAGCAAAGACGGUGUGCAAGCAAGCCUUUGAAUACAGCCAGCGCAGCGACCUGACGGUCAUCUCUGAGCUGGUGACCGACCGCCAGGCUCUGCAGGCCAUCCAGACAUUCCUGGAUGAGGAGCGUGUUUUGGUGGAGAUGGCAUGUGGUGCUGCGCUGGCGGCUGUUUACAGUGGACUCAUACACAGAUUACAGGAUGAAGGCCGCCUGCCGACCCUCUCGCGCCCCCUGCUGGUGAUCGUGUGUGGCGGCAGCAGCAUCAGCCUGGACCAGCUGACCAGCCUCAAACACAAACUACACACAGAAACCUAAAGCAUGUGUGGAACCAGGAUGUCUAGUCAUGGAAAACAUGUUUUACAAUAAUGUAAAAGGUCAGCUCAAAUAUAACACCUUAAUAGAUUUGUCUACAAAACACUUUUAAGUGAACACAUCCAUACAAAACUUUAAUUUCCUAGAAUGAAUUAAU